AUGAUGGGCUACGAGAUAAUAGAUUUCACCAAAGUGGAAGUAGAAGAGUUCUGGAUCGAAGAAGCAGGAGAAGAACAACACAUACCAGUUGAAGAAAACGAAGAAGUAUCCGCGGAGGAGAACAGUCAGGAAAUUUCUCGGGAAAAACAAAUUGACGAAGAUUUUCGGUUGCUGGAUGUAGGAAAUGGUCAAGGUUUGAAGAAGUGGGAAUCUGUUCUUCCAAAGAUCAUUCAGUACGUUGAUAAACCGUAUAAAGACGGUCUAUCCAAGUCCAUUUUAGAAUUUUUUAAAUCACCAAACCUGAACCAAUGUGAACAAAUUAGUGCAAACCUUCUGCUUUUAAACAACUUCCUGAGACCAACGAAGGUAACAAAAACCUUCAAGCCAUCGAUCUUGUCAGCACAAGAGGAUAUCAUCUUGUUUGCAGACACUGAUGAGCAGGCUUUGGAAAAAAAUGAUGAACUGAACUCGACUUACACCGAAUUUGGAUUUUCACCCAUUGCACGUCUCUUAUUCCGAGGUCAAAACAUAAGGUCCUUGACUGGAGUAUUCGAGGUGUACUACAAAGGAGUUACGUACAAGCUUGAUACAGCGGCAAGAACAAUUGACGUACUCGUUAAGCUAAAUACCAUUUUUGGAUUGAAAUACUCACGAAUUUCCAGACUCGUAUGGAAUUUUAUCUGCAUAUUUGUGUAUGAGCUUCCUGUUCAAGAGCAGUACGAAUCUAUCAAUAAGCUGAGAAGAUACUUGUCGCCUGACUAAAUAUGAUCACGUGUAUGAAUCCUGAAUGCCCUGCUAGUUUUAAAUCAGCGUACCUUUAUUUCGAUCAUCUAUUUGACAUACAUAGAGUUCCUACCUCACGAAAAAAUAUAUGCUUCACAUUAUGCAUGAAGGCAGCAUUACAAUUUUCUAACGAUCUUCAUAACGAACAGUUUUUCAACUGCCCUUUAGAAGGACAACUAGUACGGUGUGAACUGGAGUCAAAAGCUUAUUUUAAAUCGUUGCUAUUGCCAUUACCUUUUAACAUGAAUAGAAAAAUUGAAUGUGCUGACAAAAUCGAAUUCAAAGGAACCGAAUUUAAAGUAGGAACUUUCAUUACUAAAACAGAGAUAGAAACCGUUAAUUUGUAUGAAAUAGUAGAUAUGCUUAUCAUAGAUACAACCGAGUUAUUUGUAGUUGGACGACAAUGGAUAGUAGGGGAAUUCGAUGAGCACUUUUUGUCUUAUAACGUAGUUGAUGUUAGCAGUAAAUAUUUCAUACUGAACUUGAUAGAUACUGACGGGCCACCGAUAACGGUUUACAAUGUGCAGAACAAGCAAUUAUUUAGGAAAAAAACGGAUUUUGUAACUAUGGAUUUAUAGC